AAUUCCAGCAAACAAAUCUUUUAUUUCCUUUUGGAAAGGUUGAUCGUUAAAAUAGUUUAAUUUCUGGAGGCACGGUAGUAAUUCUGGUUUGCAGGUCCAUAAUCUGAUUAAUGCUAUUUGUUUAGAGAUUACUGAAUUUUUUUGUUAUUUUUUAGUUUAGUUUCUGUUUACACCUAAAAUAAAACUAAUGGGAUGAGGCCAUGUGUUAGGUUUAGGUCCGGUCAUUGGGGAGAGUUAGCAGGUUGAAUUGGGCUGGGUCAGCUUAAAGUUUUAUGGCUUAGACGGAAUUUAAAGGGAGUUGGAUUUAUGUUGUAGAUGAUGAGGUGGUUUUUGGUGGUUGAAUUUGAUUUAAAUUAGGAAGUUGAGAGUUUUUAAGAGAAGAUAUUUCUAGGGUUUUAUUAGAGUUAAAAUUGAAUUAAAACUGUCAGCUACAAAACAAAGGAAAACUGCCUCACACGUGGAGCACCCACUAUUCGUGUAUGGUGAGAAAGGGUCGAAAACCAUGGAAGAAGGUUCCCAGCAUUGAAGAAAAGGAAAAUAGAAGGAAAAAAUCAAUGCUACAUGGCUUGCCCUACAGAAAACUGCGUAACGCAUGUGCUUUUUCAACUUUUAGAUUGUUUCUUCCAAAUUUCAACAUAAUUUCCAGGUUAGAUUACUAGAUCUGUUUUUGUUUAUAGUUUUAGUUUAGGUUUUUUCAUCCUUGUUUGUAUUUUUCCUUAAACAUUGCAACUUUGGUUAGUUUUUAAGGAUUUGAAAGCAAAUUAACCUUGUAAAUGGGUUUGUCCCGUUGAUUUGGUUAAUUUUUUUUUCUUUUAUGGAUUUAUCUUUGUUAUUUGUUUAUGUAAAUAUGUUGAAUGCUUUUUGCUUUCUUUUCUUUGCUCAUGUGCAACUGCCAGACUUGCAGCUUGUUUAAUUUCAAUUUUGAGAUUUAAUUUUACAAGUUUUCAGACUUUGAUCAUUUUGUAGAUUCUCUUUUAGUUUUAGCAAUCAAGUAGUACAAUUAUU